AUGUUUUUCUCUAUACCUUCCUUACAUGCUUUCUCCCUUCUUUCCUUCUUUCUUCUCUCUCUUUCACAUUCUCUUUCUGCCUCUCUGCCUCCUCCUUAUCUCCUUCUUUUCUUCCUUCCUUUCCUAACAGUCAAGUCAUAUCACAGAAGGUUGAUAAACCAUAAAAAACACAUCAUAAAUCAAUUCUCUUCCAUCCAUUUUUUGUCUCUGCAUUACCUUCCUUUCUCCUCUCAAUUUCUUUCUUCAUCUUUCUCAUCACUUCCAUCAUUGUUCUAUACUCUUUUUACCCCUCUACUUCUCUCCUUUUCUUAUUAUCUCUUUUCUUCUCGCUCUUCAUUCUUCUGUCUUUCAACUUCUCUUUCUACCUCUCUCAUUAUCUCCCUCCUUCCUCUCUUUGUGUUCGUUCCUUUCUACUUUCCUUCCUGUUUUCCAUCCUGUAUUAUUCUUCUAUACUCUUUAUAUCUCCUUACUUUACAUCCCCUUCUUUUCUCUAUCUUUCCUCCUCUCUUUCUACCUCUCUAUUUCCCUUUUCCUCUCUCUGUUUCUUCCUAUCUUCUUCUAUCUUUACUUCCCUUUCUCUCAUCUCCCUCCUGCUGCCACACUUUCUGCCUCCCUACUGCAAUCACUUUCUUAUUAUCCCUCUCCUUCCUCUUUAUCAGUCUUCCCCUCUUUCUACUUUCCCUCCUUCCUCUCUUUCUACCUCCCUUAUUUAUAUCUCCCUCUCACCUCCUCUGUUUCUGCCUCCCUCCCUCUAUCACUUUCUGCUUGUCCCUUUCUUUCCUCUCUCCUUCCUACCUUUGUUUUUCUUCUCCUCUUUCUACCUUCCUGUGUCUGCCUCCUUCCUUGUUAUGUCUCUUUUGUUUUUCUUUCCUUCUUUCUUCCUCUAUCCUUCCUCCUCUCUUUCUACCUUCUUUCUAUCCAUAUCUUUUACUUUCUUUUACCUCACCUAUUAUUAUUUCCAAAAAAAAUGCUUGCUUUUAA